AUCGGCAGGCAGACUCUCAACCACUGCGUCACCAGGGAAGCCCCACAUUUGUUUUAUGUUAAGGUUCAGCCACUUGCCCAUUCUACUCUUCUACAUUUAUCCAGCAGCAUAUUUUUAAUUGGAUAUAGAACAUAGUUUCUUUAACUUAAAACUAUUAAGCUCCAAAUGAAGACAGUCUUUCUAAAAGUGCAUGCUUAAUACCUUGUUGCCUAUGAAGAAGUUGAAAGCUGCCACUUGGUGGAUAUAUGGCCUUUAGAUGAGUUCAUUACCCUUUCCAUAUCAUUACCUUUUCCCAUAUGUAAAAUGGUAUAAUAAUUUCCACCUACAAGGUUGUUGAGAGAGCAGGCAAACCAUUUAGAACACAGAGCCUGGACAAGAGUAAGUUCCUCUCUAAGUUCUCACUGUUUUCACUAGCUCCUAUGUACCUAUCCUUCAGUCAACCUUUUGGAUAUUAGAUUGAAUGAAUGGAGGUUAAUGGGCCAAUUCAAACUUAGUUGUUUAGUAGUUUUCAGAAAUUUUCCCUCUCAUAAACAAAGCUUUCUUUGACCAAGUCUAACCACAAAGAAGGUUAACUACAAAUGUUAUCUCUUUUUAUUUCACAAUGGAAAAAGAAAUGAUGGGAAGCGAAGAGCCAGUUCAAAAUGGAGUUCAGGGAAGGAAAUCAAACCUGAAAAUAAGAGGUACAAAACAAAAACAAAAAAGAAAAUGCAAUCAAACAGUUCCAGAGACUUUGAUAUUUGGUAUGAUCACUUUGGUUGGGAAUUCAAGUGGCCCGAUUAAAAUAAAUGAGAUUGCUCCUUAUCUGACCAACUGGGUGAAAUUUCUAUCUCAAGGAGUUAAAGUGGGGAACUUCAGGCCAUGGGUGGCAGUACCAGAGCCAACGCUGAAAAAAGAAGCCAGGGAGACCAGAGGACAAAGACUUUAAGAACACCCUAAGAUUUCUAAAUGUUUAAAACCUCUCUUAUCUCCUUCACAGCGGCUUUUUUGUUAUCCCUAUAAUGUCAGAAGUCCAAGCUGCAGAGAGAUGGGGCGAUGGUAACUGGAAAUGGUAACUGGAAUUGCCUGGUGUUUCCCAGCCCUGUGUUUCAUUCCCCACAGGUCACCAGGACCUUGGUUUUUACUGUCUUCACUGCCGUGCUGGGUUCCUUCCAGUUUGGAUAUGACAUUGGCGUGAUCAAUGCACCUCAACAGGUAAUAAUAACCCAUUAUAGACAUGUUUUGGGUGUUCCGCUUGAUGACCGAAAAGCUAUCAACAGCUAUGCUAUCAACGGUACAGAGGAACUACCCGCAAGCCCAUUCCUAGGGGUCCCAACACCAACCCCUUGGGCUGAGGAAGAGCCUGUGGCAUCUGCUAGCCUCAUCACCAUGUUCUGGUCCCUGUCUGUGUCCAGCUUUCCAGUUGGUGGAAUGAUUGCCUCAUUCUUUGGUGGGUUGCUUGGAGACCAGCUUGGAAGAAUCAAAGCCAUGUUGGUAGCAAACAUUCUCUCAUUAGCUGGAGCUCUCUUGAUGGGGUUUUCGAAAUUGGGACCAUCUCACAUUCUUAUAAUUUCAGGAAGAGGCAUAUCAGGACUCUACUGUGGGUUAAUUUCAGGCUUGGUUCCAAUGUACAUUGGUGAAAUUGCUCCAACCACGCUCAGGGGCGCUAUUGGCGCCCUUCAUCAGCUGGCCAUUGUCACAGGCAUUCUUAUUAGUCAGAUCGUUGGCCUCGACUUUAUCCUGGGCAAUCAUGAGCUGUGGCACAUCCUGCUUGGUCUGUCUGCUGUGCCAGCUGUUUUCCAAUCUUUGCUGCUCUUCUUCUGUCCAGAAAGCCCCAGAUACCUUUACAUCAAGUUGGAUGAGGAAGCCAAAGCAAAGAAAAGCUUGAAAAGACUCAGAGGAAGUGAUGAUGUCACCAAUGACAUCACUGAGAUGAGAAAAGAAAGGGAAGAAGCAUCAAGUGAAAAGAGAGUCUCCAUAGUUCAGCUCUUCACCAAUUCCAGCUACCGACAGCCUAUUCUAGUGGCAUUGAUGCUGCACAUGGCUCAGCAAUUUUCUGGAAUCAACGGGAUAUUUUACUACUCAACCAGCAUUUUUCAGACAGCUGGAAUCAGCCAACCUAUUUAUGCAACUAUUGGAGUUGGUGCUGUCAACACAGUUUUCACUGCUCUCUCCGUAUUCCUUGUGGAGAAGGCAGGGCGACGCUCUCUGUUUUUAAUCGGAAUGAGUGGGAUGUUUGUUUGUGCCAUCUUCAUGUCGGUGGGACUUGUGCUACUGAAUAAAUUGGCUUGGAUGAGUUACGUGAGCAUGAUAGCCAUCUUCCUCUUUGUCAGUUUUUUUGAAAUUGGACCAGGCCCCAUCCCCUGGUUCAUGGUGGCUGAGUUUUUUAGUCAAGGACCACGCCCUGCUGCUUUAGCAAUGGCUGCGUUCAGCAACUGGACCUGCAAUUUCAUUAUAGCUCUGUGUUUCCAGUACAUUGCGGACUUCUGUGGACCUUAUGUGUUUUUCCUCUUUGCUGGUGUAGUCCUGGCCUUUACUCUGUUUACAUUUUUCAAAGUUCCAGAAACCAAAGGAAAGUCCUUUGAGGAAAUCGCAGCAGAGUUCCGAAAGAAGAGUGCUUCAACCAAAGCACCAAAAGCUGCUGUAGAAAUGGAAUUCCUUGGAGCUACAGAGACUGUGUAAAGAUAACCUGCUUUUUGACAGGAACAGAAACAGGAAGGAAGCAGUGUUUUUUAAAUGACAAGUUUUUUGAGAAUUCUAUAUCUACAUCUUGAAGUACUGUUUUAUUUUUUAAAGAGAUGUUAUAGGCUUUGAUCAGAAAUGUCAUCAAAUAUUACAAAGAAAGUAUUUUUUUAACUUCGAGAAUCUAUUUUGGGUGGUAAGACUCUAUAAUUAAGUAAACCAAAAAGUCUAGCUCAUUUUGGUACACUAAAUGGCAAGUACAUUCUAAUGUUCUUAGUGCUGUCCUUUACAACAAGAGUAUCCUGAAGUUGAAGCAGUUUCAGAGUUAUUGCUUCAUUAAGCACGUGACUAGAAACCUGAAGACACAACCAAUAUUUACAUAUUUAAAUACGAUCAAGUUGGAAUUUUCCUACCUGCAGACCUCAUAUCAAUACUAAGGGAGAUAUGACUAGUGGCAGUAAGGUCCAUGUUAAAAUUGAUAACUUUUCCAAUUUUUCCCCUCAGCUUUUUUCUUGUGCAUUAGAAUUUGUGUUGUGCUUUAAAAGUUUUUUUGUUAUUUUUCAUGUGGAAUAGUUUAUUAAGCACAUUAAAAUAUGGUUACAAAGAAAAACUUUUAUUUUGGGUAGGCUUACCAAAAUCUUUCGGUAUUUGGGGAAAAAAAUUUUUUUUUGUUACUUUGAUGACCAAAUGGUUUUUGUAAAAUUAAACACUAAAAGGUUUUACCUGGUCAUUUAGCAUGGGUUAUCAGUUAAUAUUAACAGCUAUUAUAAACCCAUGUUAAUUCCUUGCUGGUUCAAUCCUUUGAGCUAUAGUUUGUUUUGCGUUUUAACUGAGCACAGCUUGGUUUUCUGAGUUGUGUUAUAAAAUAUACUCAAACAGUGAUAAAUCAAACACUUUGUAUAUCUCGUCAAACCCCAAAUAAGAUACAACAGUCUAACGUAGGAAAUUGGAAGUAAAAGAUUGCUCUGUUUGUUAAAAAAUAUUUUCUGAAUUCUUAUGUUUUAAAAUAGAGUUGAAAAGGUAAGGUUGGAAGAUCCUGAGGGCAGCCUCCUGAAAAUUCAUGAAUGUUUAAUUUCAGACUUGAUCAAUAUCCUUUUUAAAUUUUCUUGAAAAGACUUGAGUUGCCUGACACAAAACAAUCAUCCCAUUUGACGUUUCCUUUUUUGCCUUAGCAGGAUAUGGAUGCUAUCUAAGCUGUUCUCUUGCAAUUGCUACCAUUGUACAUUGUGCCAUAGGUACACUACCUAUGUGCCAGGCACUGUUACAAGUGCUUUUAUGUGGACAAAUUGGAAAUACACAGAUAAUUGAACAGACUUUCACUUACAGUCAAUUUUGCAACUAUGGAAAUACAGUUCUGAUGGAUACCAAAGGCUUAGCAGGGAGCUAAAGUAUCCCCAGGCUGUUUUCCUCACAAAGCAGAGCACUGAAUUAAUCUUUUUUUACAUUUGCUUUAAUGUGCAUGAAAGAAAGGCACUUUUUAAAAAGUUCUCUUUUAGAGUGGGAAAAACAAUACUGAACACUUGGUGGGGGGGGUUGUUUGUUUUUUCUUUUUUCUUUUUCCUUUAUUUUUCUUCCCUUUUUUUGACCAAAGGUGUUUACCUUUAUGCAAUUUGACAUUCCAAACAACAUGAAAUUAUUUCUUUUCACUUUGAUUUUUGUUUCCUCUGGGCCAGUUUGGGAUAAACUACUUUCACUUAGGACUUCAGAACACAGUCACAGUGAGCUUAAAUAGUUCAGUAGACCUUUUUGCUAAACUGUGAACUCUGUUAAAAAAAAAAAAAAAGUAGGGA